AUGCACAAGCUCAGCGAGCUCAAGGCGGGCGAGUACCGCACGGCCGGUCUCAAGAUGCUCAAGCUGACCGAGCCCCUGGAUCAGUUUCCGGUAGAGAUUCUAGACCUGGGCGACAGCCUCGAGGUCCUGGAUCUCUCAGGCACAGGUCUGGCCGCGCUGCCCGUGGAGAUUGGCAGCCGGUUGCCCAAGCUCCGGAUCGCCUUCUUCUCAAACUGCAGCUUCGCAGAGUUCCCCAAGGAGCUGGCGUCCUGCCCCAGCCUAGAGAUCGUCGCUUUCCGCAGCAACGACAUGACCAGCAUACCCGAGGGUGCGCUGCCGCCUCAGCUACGGUGGCUUAUCUUGACCGACAACCAGCUCGAAUCCCUGCCGGCGAGCAUCGGUCGCUGCAGCCAACUGCAAAAGUGCAUGCUCGCCGGCAACCAGUUGCAGUCGUUGCCUGACGAGAUGGCCAACUGCCAAAAGUUGGGACUGCUGCGACUGUCCUCCAACUGUUUCGAGCAGCUGCCAGAGUGGUUGUUCGACAUGCCUGAGCUAGCUUUUCUCUCGUUCGCUGGCAAUCCUUGCUCGACGGGCCAGCCGGCGAGUGUCACGGGCAACGCCCAUUCUCAUGCCGAGCUGUGCAAGGUCAAAUGGGCACGCCUGGAUAUUCAGGACACGCUAGGGGAAGGUGCCUCUGGUGUCAUAUCCAGAGCCACUCGGCGGUUUUCCAGCGGCGCCGAGGACGAACAGGUAGCCGUCAAGCUCUUCAGGGGGGCCCUGACCAGCGACGGCUCGCCCAUCGACGAGAUGCGCGCAUGCAUCGCCGCAGGCUCCCAUAAGAACUUGAUCGGCGUCCUGGGCAAUGUCGACGAACACCCGGAUGAAGCUGUCAAUGGGUUCCAGGGAGGCCUGGUGAUGCGCCUGAUCCCUCCUCACUACCAAGUCCUGGGCCGGCCGCCGUCCUUCGAGACCUGCACCAGGGACACCUUUGUGCCAGGCGCGGCCUUGUCUGUCGCUGCUGCGAUCGAGAUCCUCGAGGCCCUCGCCUCGGCGGCAGAGCACCUUCACGCGAGGGGCAUAGCCCACGGCGACUUGUAUGCACACAACAUCCUCACCUGCGAGGGGUCACCAACACUCCUGGGCGAUUUCGGAGCGGCUACUGUCUACGGACUGGACGCACCCUUUGCCCAGCGCCUGGAGAAGCUCGAGGUGCUGGCGUUUUCGCACCUUGUCGAGGAUGUUCUAGGGCUGAUCGCGUCGGGGUCUUCCCCGAGCGACGGUGGAAAUGUGACAACGCCCAAACUUAAAUUGCUGCAUGCAGCAUGCUCAAAUAGGCGAGUCCAAGAGCGCCCCUCGUUUGCCAAAAUCCACCAGGAUAUACUAGACCUCAUGCACCCAUGA